AUCAAACACGAAUGGUUGAUUUUAAUCAACGGCUAAAAUUGCCCGGGAAGCAUUACACACCAUGCACUUGACCGACAAUUUAACCAUAUUUGAUUUCUUUUUGUUUUUUUGGGUGAAACUGUUAACGGCGUCGUUACGGAACCUCCUAGUAGUCGCUCUCCCCAUCAUCAGACCCGAACACUUAACGGCACAACAGACGGCACCGUCGGUGACCCUUAGCUAUCCGUUAUAUACAAAACCUUUUUUAACGCAUAAAUAUAUAUUUAGAUUUACUCUUAUAUUCUCAUUCAACGGGCGAGGUUUUUCCUUCGAAGCGAAAGCUCAAUUGUUUUCCUUUUCGAUUUUUACGGAGAAGACUCAGAGGUUUGAUGUGGUCCAAGGAUUUCGGUUCGAUGAGCUCGAACUGAAUUCCCGCCAUUUUUUCCUUCCCGUUUGAGCAUUGAGUUUUGAAAGUUGAGGUGUGAGCCUAAGAUGGAUCAAGCUAGAACAGAGGAUUGCUGGGUGGAGAAUAAGCAAUCAACACCUGCUUCAAGUUCUUCAGUUUCUGAGAAUAGUGGGAGUACUAACUUCAAGUCACCAGAGAUCUCUAGCCCCAUGACGUCGUCACCUUCGAAUCAGAGAGCAAGUGGUCCUAUAAGACGAGCAAAGGGUGGCUGGACUCCUGAGGAGGAUGAUAUGUUAAAGAAGGCUGUUGCAGCAUACAAUGGGAAGUGUUGGAAGAAAAUAGCUGAAUUCUUUCCCAGUAGAUCAGAAGUACAAUGCCUGCAUCGGUGGCAAAAGGUUCUAAAUCCAGAUCUUGUAAAAGGUCCCUGGACUCAGGAGGAGGAUGAUAGAAUCAUUGAACUUGUAGGGGAGUAUGGGCCUACAAAAUGGUCUAUCAUUGCAAAGUCAUUACCUGGUCGAAUAGGAAAACAAUGCCGAGAGAGGUGGCACAAUCAUUUGAAUCCUAAUAUAAAGAAGGAUGCUUGGACAUUAGAGGAGGAGCUAGCACUCAUUAAUGCUCAUCAUGUCCAUGGGAAUAAAUGGGCUAAAAUAGCAAAGGUCCUACCUGGAAGGACUGAUAAUGCAAUAAAGAAUCACUGGAACAGUUCUUUGAAGAAAAAAUUGGAUUUCUAUUUGGCUACAGGAAACCUACCACCUGCUGCUAAGAAUGGCCACCAAAAUGGUUGUAAAGAUAUCAGUAGAACAGUUACAAAGAAUAAGCGGCUUCAGUGCUCAAAGAAACAAUCUGAUUCAACUGGCCUGGAGUCACCAGCAACAACAGAUGUAUGUAUAUUCCAAGUAGACGGUAAGGUUCACGAAGAACCCAGGACACCCGUCACGGUUAUGAACAUGGGUGCUUCAACCAGUGUUCAGCAGAAUAAGCCUGCUAAUUCUGAAAGUGUUCAAUAUGAGGUGCAGUCAUCAGUGUGUCCGCAACGGAUUGAUACAAUUCAUGCUAUUUCUAGUACAGAUCUAAAGUUCGAGAGCUGCAGAGUUAGUGAUGAAAACGGGCAACAUAAGUUGGCAUUUUCUGGUAUCCCUACAUACAUUACUGUAUACUAUGAUUCCCCACAACUACAUAGUUAUGUUCAGCUGGAGAGAGAUCAUCAAAAUCUCCCCUGGGCACAUCAUGAAUCUCAGCAAAGUCCUAGUUUGCUACCUGCUACUUUUCUAACACCACCCAGCCUUAAAGGGAGCAAUUUGUAUGGACAAACCCCCGAGUCUAUACUAAAAAUUGCUGCCCAAAGCUUCCCAAAUACACCCUCUAUAUUAAGGAAGAGAAAAACUGAUGUUCGGUUAAUCACACCAUCAAAGGUUGUAGAUGGUAAGAAACCUCGUACAUCUUCUGAGGAGCAACGGAUUGACAUGUCAGAAAACUCUGGUCUGCAAGAUGGAAGUCCGUCUCGGAAUUCUUCAUAUAAUAACAGUGGACUGAGCAGCACCCAAGUUUAUAAUGCAUCUCCUCCAUAUCGGUUAAAAUCAAAACGUACUUCUGUCUUGAAGUCUGUGGAGAAGCAGCUUGAGUUUGCAUUCGAGAAAGAGCAGUCUGAUGAUACUACUUCAACUGUAAAACAGAUUUCUCAGGCGACCAAGGAUUCGCCUCAUAAAUCAAAGAUGGCCAUCACCUAGAUUAGUGCCAUAAGUCCAAGCAUGGUAAACAACCUUGCGAUUUAACAUCGUUACAUUUUAAUAAACCCUACAUGACGCUGUGGCCCCGUGCAUUGAAUCCCACAUUUCCCACCCAUCUACAGGUAAUAUCCUAACAGCAAAUGGAGUUUGUUUCGUACUAUGUUGUGCUGUCUCAAGCAGCAGUUUGUUGCCACGUUUUAAUCAUGUGUCAAUUUGAUUCUUCUGAAAUAAGGAUAUAAUGGCAUUAUUGCAUAAACUGGAUGUAGUGAAUUCUCUUAGACUGAAAUAUUUACUGUCAUCUU